AUGUUCCUAAAAGUAGUGGUCCUCGUGUUAUUAUGUUGGAGAGUAAGGGCGUUUCCCGAUGGGGCUCCUGUAGACGCGUGUGUCAAGGACCGCGCUAAUCAGCCGAACCAUGGACAGCAUAGGACACAACCAUUAUCGAAUCUGCCUUAUAGAGUUUUAGCAUCGUCAGCUACUUACAGUCCUGGCACGCGAAUCACAGUAACAAUCGAAGGCGUGGACACUUUCAAAGGCUUCUUUAUCCAAGCCCGCUCAGUGGAGACAAACGAGUGGAUUGGGGCGUGGGAGAAGACGCCGAACACGACGGUGCAUCCAGAAUGUUCUGCCGUUACUCACGCGGAUCCGCGAGACAAGGCCAGAGCUACACUUGUCUGGCGGUCGCCACAGCAUUCACACGGCCGAGUUUAUUUUACGGGCACAGUUUUAAAGAACUACGGCACCUUUUGGUCCAACCUUAUAGCCGAAGCACCACAGGAUCCCGCAGAUCUACAAGUACUUGGCUAA